CCCAGGGGGCCAUGCCUGAGUCCUUGGCGCACUCCAAACUGGUGCAGGAGUGUCUGCAGCAGUUCCAGGUGACGAAUGCACAGCUGCAGCAAAUCCAAGCCAGUCUGCUGGGCUGCAUGGAGCAGGCACUGAGGAACCAGGCUGGCCCUGACCCUUCUGUCCGGAUGCUGCCCACAUAUGUGGGGUCCACCCCACAUGGCACUGAGAAAGGAGACUUCCUGGUGUUGGAGCUUGGAGCCACAGGGGCCUCACUGCGUGUUUUGUGGGUGACUCUCACGGGCAUGAAUGGGCACAGGGUGGAGCCCAGGAGCCAGGAGUUUGUGAUCCCCAAAGAGGUGAUGUUGGGCACCGGCCAGGAGCUCUUUGACUUUGCCGCCCGCUGCCUGUCUGAGUUCCUGGAUGCAAACCCCGUAGGCAAGCACAAACUGCAGCUCGGGUUCAAUUUUCCUUUCCCUUGUCGCCAGACGAGCCUGGACAAGAGCACCCUCAUUUCCGGGACCAAAGGUUUCCAGUGCAGUGGGGUGGAAGGCGAGGACGUGGUCCAGCUGCUGAGAGAUGCCAUUCAGAAGCAGGGGACCUACGACAUUGAAGUGAUUGCUGUGGUGAAUGACUCCGUGGGCACCAUGAUGGGCUGUGAGCCAAGGGACCAGCCCUGUGAGGUCGGCCUUGUUGUGGGCACGGGCACCAAUGCAUGUUACAUGGAGGAGGCCCGGCAUGUGGCAGUGUUGGAUGAGGAUCGAGGGCGCAUGUGUGUCAACGUCGAGUGGGGCUCCUUCAAUGACAACAAGGCCCUGGGGCCCGUGCUGACCACCUUUGACCACACCCUGGACAAGGAGUCCCUGAAUCCCGGUGCCCAGAGGUUUGAGAAGAUGAUUGGGGGCCUGUACCUGGGUGAGCUGGUGCGGUUGGUGCUGGUACACCUGACCCAGCACGGGGUGCUCUUUGGCGGCUGCACCUCCCCCGCGCUGCAGAGCAGAGACAGCAUCCCGGCGGAGCACGUGGCUGCCAUGGCUGCUUCCUCUGGGGUAGCCCGUGCCUUCAGUAUCCUGAAGGGCUUAGGCCUAAGCCCAGCAGCUUCGGAUGCAGAGUUGGUACAUUGCGUGUGUGCAGCUGUGAGCAGGCGGGCCGCCCAGCUCUGUGCUGCUGCCCUGGCCGCCGUCCUGUCCCGCCUCCAGUGCAGCCGGCAGCAGCAGACACUCAAGGUCACAGUGGCCACUGGAGGCCAAGUGUUUGAGCAGCACUCCAGGUUCCGCAGCAUCCUGCAGGAUACAAUAGUGCCACUGGUCCCAAGAUGUGAGGUCUCCUUCGUUUCUUCUGUGGAUGGGGGCGGCCAGGGCGUGGCAGUGGUGACGGCAGUGGCCGCCCGCCUGGCUGCCCACCGGCACCUGCUGAAGGAGACCCUAAUGCCGUUCCGCUUGGAGCACAAGCAGCUGGUCCAAGUGCAGACUCAGAUGCGGGAGGCCAUGGCGAGGGGCCUCCGAGGGGAGGCCUCCUCCCUCCGCAUGCUGCCCACUUACGUUCGGGCCACGCCUGAUGGCAAUGAGCGAGGGGACUUCCUGGCCCUGGACCUUGGCGGCACCAACUUCCGGGUGCUCCUGGUACAUGUGGGUGAUGGAGGUGUCCGGAUCACCAAUCAGAUCUACCAGGUCCCGGAGCACGUGGCCCAGGGCUCUGGGCAGCAGCUCUUUGAUCACAUUGUGGAUUGCAUCGUGGACUUCCAGCGGAAGCAGGGGCUGAGUGGCCGGAGCCUCCCCCUAGGUUUCACCUUCUCCUUCCCAUGCAAGCAGCUUGGCCUGGACCAGGGCAUUCUCUUGAACUGGACCAAGGGUUUCAAUGCAUCAGACUGCGAGGGCGAAGAUGUCGUGUAUUUGUUGCGGGAAGCCAUCAGGCGUAGACAGGGAGUGGAGCUGAAUGUGGUCGCCAUUGUCAAUGACACGGUGGGGACCAUGAUGUCCUGUGGCUAUGAGGACCCCCGCUGCGAGAUGGGCCUCAUUGUUGGGACUGGCACCAAUGCCUGCUACAUGGAAGAGCUCCAGAAUGUGGCCAGUGUGGCUGGGGACUCGGGCUGUAUGUGCAUCAACAUGGAGUGGGGCGCCUUUGGGGACGAUGGCUCAUUGAACAGCCUUAGCACCUGCUUUGAUCAAAGUGUGGACAAGGAUUCCAUCAACCCCAGCAAGCAGAGGUUCGAGAAGAUGAUCAGUGGCAUGUACCUGGGGGAGAUCGUGCGCCACAUCCUCCUGUAUCUAACUAGCCGGGGUGUUCUCUUCCGGGGCAAGCAGACCCAGCGCCUUCAGACCAAGGACAUCUUUAAGACCAAGUUUCUCUCUGACAUUGAAAGUGACAGCCUGGCCCUGCGGCAGGUGCGAGCCAUCCUAGAGGAUCUGGGCCUACCUGUAACCUCAGAUGAUACCCUGAUGGUCCUAGAGGUGUGCCAGGCCGUGUCCCAGCGGGCUGCCCAGCUCUGUGGCGCUGGCGUGGCUGCUGUGGUGGAGAAGAUCCGAGAGAACCGAAACUUAGAAAAGCUCACAAUAUCUGUGGGUGUGGAUGGAACCCUCUACAAGCUGCACCCACACUUCUCCAGCUUGGUGGCAGCCACAGUGCAGCAGCUGGCCCCUCUCUGCAAGGUCACCUUCCUGGAGUCAGAAGAUGGGUCUGGCAAAGGAGCGGCCCUGGUCACCGCUGUGGCCUGCCGCCUUGCCGAGAACACCCGCGUCUGAAGAUGGUCUCUGGCAGCCAUGAGAUCUCAGCUUCAACCCUGCUGAUGCAGGCCACAGGAACUAGCCUGUCCCCAGCGCCCCAGCCCGCAGCCAUGCCAAGAGAAGGAGCACUUGGGUUAGCAAUAUAUAUAUAUAAUUUAUUUACA